UUCCAGAGCAAUGGAGGAAACUAUAUGCCGAAGGGCGUCGGUGACAGUUGAUUUAUCCGGCAAUCUUUGCUCUGCGGUGGAUUUGACCGGCAGGGUGCAUCAGCUGCCUUGCUGUAUCAAGUACAAUGGUUCUUCUGAAGUUUCUAACUACUUCAGACCCAAACCUACUGAGGUAGUGUUUGAUGGGCUAAGCGAGAGGAAGCUCAUUUCCGAGGAAGGAAGCUCCAGGGCACCACGCUUCCGAUUCCGCAAGGCUAUUCUGGAUUUGUCUUGGGAAAGAAAAAACCUGAUGGAAAAGGAAGUAUGUCUGAGGAAAGCUCAAACUGUUGGGAGGUGAAGGCAAACUUCCAAAACCUAACAUAUUGGAAUCAUGAUACCCUUCCCUCACAAAAUGAUGCUUUACCGCGUACAUUUCACAUGUUUGAUAUUGCAAAAUCACUUCAUCGACCAUUGAGCACUGAGGAACUGGACUCUAUCAAUUGACAAGAUGAUUGAUGAAGUGCUUUUCCUAUGUUUUGUAUGCAUCUCCCAUUUUAAUUCAAGCAAAAAGUUUUUGCUAAUUUUGUUAUUUUGGGUACCGCAACUUUGAAUCCUUGGGAGUUGGGAAUGAGAUCUCAUUUAGGGGAUUAUUGUAUGUUUUUUUUAUCAUGGGAUUAUUGUAUGUUAUUAACUGUAGAAAAUACACAUGAGUGUUACUUAUUUC